AUGUUCAUUCAAUAUUGUUGCAGUCAGACACUGAUUGAGUCUGAUCCCGUGAUCAUCAAACCUGGUCAGUCUCAUAAACUGACCUGCACAGCAUCUGGAUUUGACUUUGGUAGCUACUGGAUGGCUUGGAUCAGACAGGCAUCUGGAAAAGGGUUGAAAUGGGUUGCAAGCAUCUCCUACAACAGUGGUAGCAAGUAUUACUCCAGUUCAGUUAAUGGUCGCUUCACCGUCUCCAGAGACAACAGUAAGAUGCAGGUGUAUCUGCACAUGAACAGCAUGAGGGCAGAAGACACUGCAGUGUAUUACUGUGCUAGAGUUUACUGUGACACCUACUUUGACCACUGGGGAAAAGGAACUUCGGUGGCCGUGACAAAAGCAACGCAAGAAGCCCCGAGGUCUCUGUUUCCCGUGUGGCAGUGCGGCGCGUCCCCUGAUGGGUUCGUCACUCUGGGCUGCCUCACCCGCAACUUGGCAACCGCCGAUGGACUGAGCUACGUUUGGAAGGAUGCGAGCGGCACCGCGCUGACUACCGUUGUACAAUACCCGGCAGUGCUGGACAACGGACAAUACUCCUCAGUGAGUCAGGCGCGCGUCCCUGCUACCGACUGGAACGCGAGCAAGAAGUUCACUUGCGAAGUCUCUAACUCCCUGGGAACCAAAACGGCAGAGCUGAAAAUAAGACGUAGGUCUGUGAUUGCGUAUCCACCCAUCAUCAGCAUCAGCACCAGCAUCAACACAGCAACAAACGAUAUUAAUCUAAUUUGUUGGUUGGAUGGUUUUAGUCCUAAAGCGAUUAUUGUUGAUUGGGGAGUGGGUAAUAAAGGGACUGAGAAAAAAUUUCAAAAAGAGGGAAAAAAAGAGUUUUCCAUGCUGAGCCAAAUCAGUAUAAAUCCACAGCAAUGGAAUGAAGGCAAAGAGUUCACCUGCAGCGCUAAACACCAGGCCAAAAUCUACAGUCAAUCAUGGAGCAUUUGUAAAGAAAACGUGCAGAAAACUCCUACAGUGGUGAUCAGAAGGAGUCUUGCAGACAUAGGAAGGAGAGACGGUGCAGUGCUGGAGUGUGCUGCAAGCAGUCUGCCCUCUGGUGAACUCUCUGUCAUCUUUCAGGCCAAUGAUGUGAACUUUCCAGAAAUUCAGUCUGUGAAUCUGCCAGAGGCCCAGGACACACUAGUUGUAUCUUUCACUAUUCCUGAAACACACCGAACCAAAUACCACCAUGAUCCUUUAGUGGAACUUUCUGUUGUGUCCAGUGAGGAUAAAACUGCUUCAACCGUGCAAAAACUUCUUUGCUAUGGAACUGGACUUAACCCAGUGAUCAAGUGGCUCCCCGAAUCUGUGGGGAAUAAUAAAAGUGAAGUAACAAUGAAUGAAGAUGGAUUUGUGAAGGUGUCCAGCGAGCUAUCAGUUUCAGAACAAGAGUGGAAACGUGGAACUACAUUCACCUGCCAAGUCAAUGAUCAGGGUGGUCUCAAAACUGUCCAAAAGAACACCAGUUUUUGUGCAGUCACUCAAGAUCAUGCUAGGAAUGCACAGGUUUACCUGUUGGGUCCCUCCAUCAGUGAUAUGCCAGAGGAGGAUCCUGUCUCUGUCACAUGUCUGCUGUUGGGCCACAGGCUCCAGGACUUCUCAGUUAAUUGCAAACUUAUGUAUGAUCUGUGCUCUUUCUCUGCCAACAUGUCUGUGAUAAGGCCAGCCCAUCUGGCAAGACAAUCUACUCCUAAACUGCUGUGCCCAUUCCUUCUGCAUACAGAUGUCUUUGUUUGUUUUGCAGACCUUGCUGCAACUCUGCUCCUAACAACUCCAACCCAAACAGAAUUAGACAGUGGAACAGCUACCUUCAUCUGCUUAGCUUCAGAAUUUUAUCCUAAAUCACACACAUUUAAGUGGACCCAUGAUAUGAUAAAUAUCGAAAAUAAGGUCAAACGCACUAUAUUAAGCAAAGAGAAAGAUACUUACACUGCCAUUAGCAUUUUGGAACUCACUGCCAAUGAAUGGAUCGACUCAUCUUCUCCAGUUAAGUGCGAGUUCCAGCACAAGGCACAGAAUCUGUCCAAAGGGGCAAGACAUGUGUCGGUUGACCCGCAGCAGCCAAAGGUGACAAUAAUCCCACCUUCCAACACAGACAUUCUUAUCAAAAGAUCUGGCGACCUUGUGUGCAAGGCUAAAGGACCAGAGGGCUUCACUGGCCUAAAAUGGCUUGUUAACGGGAAAGAGGUUGCUUCUCUAUCUGAAAAAGACGUGUCUGGGAAGACAGCGAUCACUCUCACUACAUUGAUCUCUUACGAACAGUGGAAUAGUGGCACCAAAUUCACCUGUGAGGUGUAUCAUACAACAUUUGCUCAGGGGUUUAUUAAAGAAGACUACCAAAGAGAAAAUGGCAACAGAAAAUGCCCUGAGGUUUACUUGCUCGCUCCAUCACAAAGCUCAUUGAGCAAUUCGGUGACCCUGACUUGCUAUGUAAAAGAUUUCUACCCUCAGGAGAUGGCUGUGUCUUGGCUUGUUGAUGAUAAACAAGUUGGCGAUGUCGUUAAGCAGAACACAACUAAAGUUAUUAAGAGAGACAACUACUUUUCAGCAUACAGCCAGCUCAUUGUCAAUACUGCUGAUUGGACCAAUGGCAGUGUGUUCACCUGCAAUGUUUAUCAUGAGUCAAUCGCGGACCCUGUGCGCCACAUAUCCAGAUCCAUCGCUUACAAUUCAAAUCCACCCACCUUAGUGAAUCUUAGUCUGAAUGUUCCCCAAAACUGCCAACCUUCUAGUCUGCACUAAUAAUUGUGUUUUCCGCUAGUAAUGCUUGUUUUAUUUUUGUUUUUGCCUGUCUUUUAUGUUUUUAUUA